AUGUAUUUGGCAUGUACACCAAUACGUGCCCUGGUGCUCGUGGUCUCCAUUCUGGUCAUUGUUCAGUUUGAACAGCUCAAUGUGGCCAAGGCUCGGCUGAAGCUUGUCCAAGGCCCGGGCGCCGGCGUGGCAUCCUCCCAGCGUGCCCUUGCUCUUCGUCGCGAGAUGCACGCCAGACUCUCCGAGAGCCCAAGCUCCGAGCGGAAGUGUGUGCUCGCCGACGUCAAGCCGGCUACUCGCCAGGAUAACAACGACCUGCUGAAGGUCCUUGUUUACAAGCACGAGUACGAGAACUCGCUGAUUAAGGCCGAGGAAGGUGGCCCCAUGGGCGAGCUCGCCCUCUUCCACUCGCUGCUCGACGCCUUGCACACAUCGGACCUUGUAGCCGACGGCGGCGUCUUUCUUGCCUCGUCACCCGCAAGUCUGGAUGCAGUGCUGGUAGACACCCCGUUUGAUGCAUUUGAUGUCAUCUUCACCGACCAGUACUCGUUUGCUGUCCUCGAAUCGGCGGGCCUCUUUCACCUCGAUCUCGACCGCUGCCGCUACCGGUUUGUCGACUUUUGGGGCACGCCGCCGAACCAGAACUCGGUUUGCUUCCAUCUGCGCCAGUAUCUCACCCCGUACGCCAACGAGUGGAACGCGCCCAUGUUCUACGACGCGACUGUGUCGGGCGCGCGAACAACAGACUCUGCCGCCAAGCUCGUCUCGCAGGAGGACAUCGACCGCGAGCUUGCCGAUCUUCCGCCACGCUUUGCUCUCAUCUACGGCAAGGACGCAAAGUACUUUGCCACCGCCCGCAAUGCCAUUGCCUCUGUUGCCCGCAAAAUCCCACUCGUCUCCACCGCACGCAACGCUCGCGGCCGCCUCCCGCCGGGCGUCAUCACCCUCGGCGUCGUCUCCAAGCCGGCCUGGCGCGCUCUCCUCGCUCGCGCCUCGUUUGUCCUCGGCAUGGGCCAUCCCGUCAUUGGCCCAACCGUCUUUGACGCUUGGUCCGUCGGCACGCCGUUCAUCAACCCGACCUUUGCCAAGCCCUUCCAGCUCGCUGACAACACCCGCUGGGCCCUCGCCUCGCAGCAUCCGCCGGCCGUCGACCUCGCCCCACCGGGCUACAUCCACACCCUCGACAUCAACAAUGCCGCCACCCUCGCCAACGCUGUCGACACCAUCCUCGCCCGCGGCAGACUCCAGCCGUUUGUCCCGCCAGACUACACUACCGCCGGCGUUGCAACCGCCAUCGACGCCACUCUCCGUGCCGACUACUGCCGUCCGCUCGCCGACUAGCGCCACAUGGUCACGUUCGUACAUCACAACAAGACGUGU